UGAUGAAAAGACCCGCCCCCCCCAGCUCCGAUAACAGAUCCCAAGCACUGUUAUCGCCAGCAAUUUCGCAACUUCCUGACAUGGAAACCGCACGAGACAAAGCAAGAUCUAGGCUCGACUUUUUGAACUACCUGAAAACUCAAGUUCGCCUAAGCUGGGCAGAGCACACGACAACACCCCAAUCAUGAUGCAACACCGGACAUCAUGGAUACAUCUGCCGUAGCCCCGACGCUGACCAGGCAGCGCAUGAGCGUGGUUAUUUUGACGCUUGCCGCAACCGCUGCCCUGGGCUACUUUUGCUACCGCGUCUACGACCCACCACUGCCCGAGCCCGCCCCCGACCGUCGCCUGCACCGGAGCAAUGCUAUCCGACACCGACGGCGCUCGCUUCCGGAUGUCGUUCAUUCCCACCACAGCCGCGAGCCUUCUGAGGCUUCCACCACAUCGGUCGAGUCCAAUGCCGACGAGAACGUCGAUGUCAACACGGUGCGCCCCUUGAACGAUGCCGAAACGGUCGCCGACGACCAUGUCAUGGACGACAAUUGGUACGAUGACAAUAACAACCAGUUCGCCGCACAGCAGCAGCGUGCCGGCCAAAAUAUUGUCAGUCUCCUCUUCCGCGUUUCUGAGGACAAUGCCCGCCGCAACGCCUACGUACAUCGGGGCUGCCUAUGUAACGGCUGCGGCAUCACCCCGAUCCGCGGAAUCCGCUACCGCUGUGCCAACUGUACCGACUUCGAUCUCUGCGAGACGUGCGAGUCGCAAGGGCUCCACACCAAGACGCACAUCUUCUACAAGAUCCGGGUCCCCGUCCCGCGCCUUGGUUCCCGCCCGCUGCAGCCUGUGUGGUACCCUGGCGACCCCGAAAAUUGCUUGAGACUCUUGCCCAAACAUCUUAUGGCUAAGCUAUCCAAGGAGACCGGCUUCGAGCGCCCCGAGCUGGAAGCGCUCUGGGAGCAGUGGACCUUCAUGGCGAGCACCGAGUGGCGUGAAGACCCCGACGAACUCGGCCUGGCCAUGGACCGCAAGACGUUCGAACGCUACUUGGUCCCGUCGGGUGGUUAUAGACAUAUCGCGCCGAAUCUCCUGCACGACCGCAUGUUUGCCUUUUACGACGACAACGACGACGAUCUCAUUGGCUUCUCCGAGUUCCUGCGCGGCACGGCGUACCGCAAAAGGAAAGACAGGCUUAGCCGAGUAUUCAAGGGCUACGACAUCGAUGGCGACGGUUACAUCAAUCGCCGGGAUUGCUUGCGCUUGUUCCGGGCUUACUACGUCGUAUUUAAACACAUGCACCGGGAUAUCCUCGACGGCCUUGAUGACCAGGUCAUGAGCUCCACAGAAGUCGAACAGCUAGUGACCAGCCGACAGCCAUUGAGCAGUUUUUUUGGCCGCGAGGGGGGGUUCUCGCAGGCCGAUACUGACCGUCCGAUGGAGGGUAAAGUGAUCAACCUCGACACCGGGGAAGUUCACAUCACGGAUGGCACCACCAGGGCCCUAAACGAGGACACCCCCGACACCGCUGACCGCCAGUCCAUCUUGACCAACGUAUUUACCAGGCAAGCCCAAGUCACCGAAAAUCUAUUCAUGCCCGUCAUGGACCACCCACGACCGUCGGGGGAGAGAGGAUCCGGGCUGGAAUACCUGAAUGGACUCCUCAACCCGCCGACCCGCAUCAGUGAGCUGCCUGCGCUUCUACUCGGCGAGACUCGCGACGGUGAUGACUUCUUUGUUGUUGUCAACGGUGGCCAAGGCGGGAAUGGCGAGCAAGAUGGUCAAGGUGGAGAGGAGGGUUCACCGAGUGCGGAGGAAACUGGAGAUGACGGUGCUGAAAACCACGCCAAUGCCAACAGAUCGUCGGACCGUGAAGGGUCCAGGCCAGGCGGGCGAGACCAGGGUCGGCCCUCUUACAGGGUCGCGUCAAGCCGUCGGUUGAGGGUUACGGCGCGACGCAAGCUAUUCGACCGGUGGAAGAGGCGGCAGUUCUACCUGGAUGAGGAAGAGGGCAUGAUGCCCCCAGAUGACUGGAGCGAUGACGACGACGUUCUUGCCCGUGUCAACGGAUCAGCCGACGACUCCAAGGCCGCGCAGCCUCCCCUCUCGACGCGAUCUCGCUCAUCCUCCAAGGUGAGAUUCGCCGAAGACACAGACGAUUUCGACGUCAGAUCCAACCCUUCGACGUCUUCGAGGAGCAUCCCCGAGAGAUGGGGAGGCAUGGAGAUCCCGGAUGCCGAGCGCGACCUAGGCAAAGAGAUCUUCUACCAAGUGAGCCAGCAAGCCUACAACGAAAUCCUCGAUACCCUCUUCAAGGAUAAAGAGGACCUGGCCGUUCAAGCUGCCGAGACCAAGGAGCUGCGCAAUCAGCACAGGCCAGCCUUUCAGUCUAUCAACCCCGACGAAGAGGAAAAGGCGGAGGCGAGCUCGCGCUCCGCUUCGGAAAAGCGCGAGGCAUCCCAAGAAGAGUCGCUGCAACAACUGCUUGCGGCCACUGGGUAUUCAGUCGAGAAUGCUGCCACCCAAACCGAAACCAAUACCGACGACGAAGAAGCGGAAGAGGAGGCGGAAGAAGAGGUGGAAGACGAGUAUGAAACCAGUGACGACGAUGACGACUCCAUGCCGCCAUUAAUAGCAGACGAGUCACCCGCUGAGGACCUUUCCUUUACCGAAUCCAUCCCCUACCGCGACCCUACCAUGCCUCAGUUCCGCCUCAACUCAGAACCAGCACCCCACCCGCGCGAUCAGCCACAACCGACGUCAACAAGCUCAGCGAACGGCAGCGACCAAACCGUACCAGCUAGCUCCCCAACACCAACCACCGACAAACCAGCUGACACCACAGCAACAACAACACCAACAGCCAACGGGAAAGAGAAGAAAUCCGCCGGCCCCACGUCGCCCCCCAAGCAGUUCCCGCGCAGCACGCUGGUCACGUGGAAGCGCCUCGACCUCGCCGAGGAGGAGGCCAAGGCCCGCGGCGGCUGGGGCAGGCUGAGCUACGACGAGUUUGAGCGCAUCUACAAGGCCGCCGAGGCGCGGGGGACUCGUCUGGAUUAUCUCGGCACCUGGAUCGACUUUUGCAUCCCGUCUACCUAGCGGAUAGGGCGGAGGCGGGGGUUGACGCGGG